AUGGCGCAACGAAAUAUUAUCGACGUCGAACUGUUGACUGAACACCUUGGAUACGCGCCAAUUUCGCUCCUCGACAGCAUCAUCAACAACGUCAACGCAGUCGCCGACAAGACCCUCGACCGUGUCGAGCAGGGCCUCUCCAAAGCGCCGCCCAAGGCUCUCGGAUUUGAAAAGGCACUCAAGCAGCAGAAAAAGAAGGCAGCCUCAAUCGAACAGCAGGCCAAUGUCGAGGAGACGGCAAAACUAGAGAUCAUUGACGGGGUGCACAAGCUCGAGACGCUACUAUGCGCAGCCAUCGACAAGAACUUUGACAAAUACGAGUUGUACGUGAUGCAGAACAUCCUGGGCAUUCAACCAAGCCACCGAAACUGGAUGCGCCUGGCCCACUACGACGGACUCGACUUCACGGCAGGAGCACACGAGGACGCACCAACGAGGGAGAGCAUCGACGCGCUGAGGCGGAAGUUGCAGGCCAGCCAACGGCUGAAUGUCAUGCUUCACGCGGAACAGGCCAAGAACGCGGCGCUACUGGCGAAGUUGAAGGAGGUUGUCGGCGGUAAGCCUGCCGGCGCCAGGAGUUCGCUGGGAGCUGCGGAGGUCAAGGUUGAGGGUGCGGACGACAAGGCGCCGUUCCAGUUCUUGCACAAUAAGGGUGACUUGACAGGGGCCGACGCCAAGACGCCGAUCACGACCACUACAGCGUUCAAUUUGUCACAGCUGCAGGCGCUGCGGGCUCUGUCAACUUCGCUGAGGAAUAUCAUGCCUGACCUGAAGGACCCAGCCAGCACCGAAGAAGGAGCAGAGAAGAACAAGAGCUGGAGGCGGGAAAGAAUGGAGUACGUCGAAGGCGAAACGAGGAAGCAUCUUGAGAGCGUCAGGGGCCUCGAAUUAGGCAAGGACGGAGAAGUUCGAGACGGAGAGUGGCAAGGCGAAGGAAGAAAGUUUGCCAAGGGCGAAGUUGAGGGACUUGAAAGCGUGGUCGCAGCCCUUGGGGGAGGCUCAGGUGAGCCUGCUGCACAAGACGAUCCGGACGCCAUGGACGAGUCAUGA